AUGCAGCUAGACGACAGGGCCAAAUUGGCCAGGGUGCACGCUAAUUGCACGCCCGUGUUGGCUCUGCCAUUCCAAACGCCCUCGCAAAUGCGCCCGAGCGAGAUUGCGCAUGCCCAUGCCUCCACUGCCUGCACUCGAUCCGGCCAGCUUGCGCGUGGCAGCCCCAGUGCAGCCUGCUGCUGUUGUGGUACCACAUCGCCAGUGUGGAUAUGCUUGCGCCCACAAUACGAGACCCUCGGCUUGCCGGUCAGCACGCAUUUUGUCGGGCUCUGGCUUUGUGAAGACGGCGGCCCCGGCGCCAUGACGGUCAUGGCAGCUGUUUCACGCGUCUUGACAGCUGCUACACUGAGCGUCUGCCAGCCUCUUUUGCCUGUCAGCGACGGCGGCAGCGGCGACGCCAACGAUACAAAAAAGCCUCAUGCGUGGAAAUCCAGCGUCCCAAAAUUGGAACACCACACAGCCGUCUAUGCCCGAAACAUGACAGCAUCCGCUCCACCAGCGUGA